AUGAAUCCCACGAUGGUCGACCGCCUCGUCGAAUUCAUAUACACUGGAACCUACAAACUGGACAAGGGCGGACGAGCGACGAUGCUACACCAUGCGACCAAGUUACCCAUCGGAAAGACCAAGGCAAGCUAUCCCAUGAAACUGGAGGCUGCGGCGGAGUUUCAUCUGGAGAUGUACAAAAUGGGCAGAGACCUCCGAUAUCAUUCUUUGGUAGCCGUCGCGCAUAGCAAGCUGGCAGAGGAUAUGUUGUGGAAGAGCACCGUCGGCGUGGGCAUUGCGAAAAGCCUCGUAAACUGGAUAUACGGCUCAGCUCAGAGGCUACAUGAUACAGCUGAAGAAACGAACGAUACGCUCGGGGACGACAACCUGAAGGAACUGGUCGUAGCGUGCAUCCUGCGGCACGUUCAUCAGAAGCUCUGGGAUGGGGAGGAGAUAGAAGGGUUCAAGCAACAUGUCCAGGCAUACCCGGCUUUGGAAGUAGAUUGGGAGCUUGCCGAAGAGGAGUACAAAGAGCUGCUGAGGAAGCGACCCGAAGCUAAGAGAGGGGCGAAGAGGGCGAGACGCGAACAGCAACAUCAGCAGGAGGUUGCGAGUAUGCUCCAGCUCUUAGAAGGUCCUACUCUUUUGUAG